AUGGCCGAAUCUGAGCAAAAAGAGUUCCUCCUGCCCCCGGCCGUCGUGGCCUUGAAGGAGGGACGGCCGCGCGAUCCCUCCAAGAACCGAGUCACUGUCGAACGCACGUUGAGUGCAGAUAUUCGUGAGGGACGAGAAGACUUGAAGGAAGCCGCCGAACAAACGCUCGUUGUCAUCCUGGACGUCGACCUAGACGGCGUCAUACGAUGGGUUACUCCCUCGUGGAGAGAUGUCAUUGGCACCGCUCCCGAGUCGGUGCAAGGAAGACCUAUUUCAGACGUUCUGCUUGACAACAAGAAUGCAUUCGCCGAUGCUGCAGAGUUUAUGAAGAAGGACGACUCGCGCAGCCACAUCAUUCGCUUCUCCGUCCGCAUGGGCCCGGAUUCAAGACUGAAGCCUAACCCCAUUGAUGCUGCCGUCCAUGCUGAGGAGGAGGGUUUCCGCCCCGAAGAGGUCAGCGAAACUGAGGGGACCUCGGUCAUCAGCCUCGAGGCCCAGGGCAUUCUUGUCUAUGACCGGACCUCGGGUGAAGUGAGUCAUACGAUGUGGAUGGUUCGGCCUUCAGCUCGACCACGAGAGAUUACUAUCGACCUGCCCCCCAUGUUGGUGGAGGCGCUGGGCAUUGGCGCAGAAGUGCUUGCCCAGUACUUGACCAAGCUGGCAGAGGUGGGCGUCGACGACCCUGAGAAUCUCCCGCCACCGCUGCCUGUUCUGUGUCGCAUUUGCGAGCGUCAAAUCACACCUUGGUGGUUUGAAAAGCACUCGGAGCUGUGUCUUCAGGAGCAUCGAGCCGAGCUCGAGGUCCAAAUGGCCCAAGAGGGCUUGAUUGAGCAUCGCAAUGCCAUUGUCAAGGUGCUCGAUGCGCUCGAGGUGCACAGCAACCGUUCGACACCAGCAGAGAUGCCCCUAACGGCCACGGUUCCCGCCGAAUACCGUGGCUUACCCAUCGGACCUUCUUCCACGCCAUCCUCUUCGGGCCCGUCGUCUGGAGCGGCAUCGCCUGCCGUGUCCGGCCCACGGUCCCGAGAAUCUUCGACCAGCGGCUUGGGUCAUGCUCGGGGAAGGUCGUUUGCCAUCCGACGGCCUCUAACCCGCAUCGUCGAGCUCUUGUUGGAUCUCUGUGACACGUCCAUUGAGAUCAACACACCAGCCAUCAAGGAUUCCAAGGGUUUGGAGAUUGGAGAGAUUCGUGUGCAAUCGCCCCAAUCCGACAGUCGCAUCUCGCAAGUCAUGCAAUGGCAGUCUCCUGGCACCAAUACGCUUGAGCAGGAGCAGGGUCUGGCUGCGUUGUGCGCUGAUACAGAGGUAGUCGCGCGCGCCAAAGUGGACGCGGUCAUGCGCCAUCGCAAGAUUCUCGAGUAUUCAGAACGUAUUCGCGUCGAAUUCACCGUACUCGUGCAAGACUGUAUCGACGCCGCUGUACGUAAGGCGGCUCGGAUUGCGGCUGGUCAGCUGAGUGACUCUACUGACGAUGGCGAGGAUGAGGAAGAGGAAGAGGUGGAGGCAGACGAAGAUGGGCCAAUGCCAGAUGACCGCUACGACGAGUCUGUACGUGGUUCAGAGAUAGGGCUCGACGAGACGCAAGAGCAGGCCUCUGCAUUUACUGAUGAAGAGACUGGGGGUAUCUUUGCUGGAUCCUUUGAUGGACAUUCUUCCCUUGCUCGCGCAUUGCGAAACCUCUCUGACCCCUCACUCGGCUAUGAUCGAAGGAAAUCCUCAGCUGCCAUAUCCACAGGGUCGAAUAGCCCUCGCGAGGCGGCCACACCUCGGUCAUACAAGGGUGCCGUGAAUAUCAAUGCGCCAUCCCAGCUGUCGCAGCAGGCUUCGCUCAACUUUGAAAGCGAUGCCAAUGACAGUGAUGCCAGCAUGCGAUCUUCAGUGAUUCCGGGCAUCCGGAGAACAGAAUCUCCUAUUACGGAUUUCAGUCUCGGUCGAACGUCGGCCUCGCGGGAACGCUCGCGCUCGAACUUGAGUCUCCCCGGCCAAAACUCGCCGCGACGGCAACCAUCUCCUGCCAGGAACGUAGUGCCGUCGUCACCCCUGCGCAUCUCGAAGCCGCGGCUGAGCGCUGCGCAAGAAAUUGCUACAUCGCCUAUUAUUUCACCGCUGCUCUCGACCGGAGAAUUCUCAUCGCCGGCUUUCACGUUACCACCGCAACAUCAUGCUCUCCACCAUCAUCGAAGGCAAUCGUCUGCAGCUUCGUCGGAUAUGAUGCGGCCCCCUCCUUCACCGCGUCUCUCGUCAAUUAGUCAACCUCAGGCUCCAGCGGUACCUCCCUCUAUCAAAGAUUUUGAAAUAAUCAAACCGAUCAGUAAAGGCGCCUUUGGUAGUGUGUACUUGGUGAAGAAGAAGGUCACGGGAGAUUACUACGCCAUGAAGGUCUUGAAGAAGGCUGACAUGGUAGCCAAGAAUCAGGUGACCAAUGUCAAAGCUGAACGAGCCAUUUUGAUGUGGCAGGGUGAGAGUGACUUCGUGGCCAAGCUAUACUGGACUUUUUCAAGCAAGGAUUACUUGUACCUGGUCAUGGAAUACUUGAACGGUGGUGACUGUGCGUCGUUGAUCAAGGUCCUCGGCGGUUUGCCCGAGGACUGGGCGAAAAAGUAUUUGGCCGAGGUGGUGCUUGGAGUUCAACAUUUGCACAAUCGAGGCAUUGUGCACCGCGACCUCAAGCCUGAUAAUCUUCUUAUUGAUCAGAAAGGCCAUUUAAAGCUGACAGAUUUUGGGCUGUCACGAAUGGGUUUGAUUGGUCGUCAGAAGCGUAUCUUGGAUAGCAAAUCUAACGACUCCGGCCCUGAUUUGCUCAAGCAAAGCUCGUUCAUUCGCUCUGCAUCCAUGGCAUCGUCAAGAUCUGCUUCAUUUGACCUGCAGGGGGGGCACUCGCCCGGUUCGACACCGCACCUGACUCCUGACCCAGGUCUCAGUCAACCUUCUUACUUUAGCUUGAGCCGUGAAAGCACAUUGGGUCGGGAAAGCUCAUUUGGCCGCGAGAAUUCACGGCGGACAUCUGGCCAUCGGAGCGAUAGUGGGGGAAGCGAAGCUCUCCACUCCAUGUUUCGCAACUUUUCCCUCAGCGAACCACUCGAUUACCCCCAGUCGAUGCCCCGAUGGCGAACCCCGAUUGAAGAGGAGACGCAGAGUGAGAAUGAGGAAUCUGGUGGCGAUCCCUAUGCCCUUCACCCAACACUUAGCCAUUCCAGCUUGAGCCAUAUGCACACCCCGCCUCAGUCUACCAUGAUUGCUCCACCGCCCAUGGCUCUCUUUGACCCUGGAGACAAGGAUCGAAGGUUUGUUGGUACACCUGACUAUUUGGCACCUGAAACAAUCAGUGGCGUUGGCCAAGAUGAAAUGAGCGAUUGGUGGUCUCUUGGAUGUAUUCUGUUUGAGUUUUUGUUCGGAUACCCUCCUUUUCACGCUGAUACUCCAGACAAGGUGUUUGAUAAUAUCUUGGCAAGAAGGAUUGAUUGGCCGACAGAAGAAGAAGCACCAGUCUCGCCAGAAGCCCGGGAUUUGAUGGAACGGCUAAUGUGUAGUGAUCCAAAGACUCGUCUGGGAUCGAAUCUCGAGGAAAAGUAUGCCAAUGGUGGCGAAGAGGUUCAAAGGCACCCGUGGUUUGAAGGCGUCACUUGGGACACGCUUUUGGAGGACGAGGCUCAAUUUGUACCAGCUCCGGGGCAUCCAGAGGAUACGGAAUAUUUUGACCCUCGUGGUGCGAUCCUGCAAACUUUUGCCGAAGAGUUUGAAGACCAGGCUUCUCCUGCCGCCGCGACACCUGGUGGCGACUACCAGGAGAGACCACACGAUGCAUUAUCAAAGGUGCGCAAUCAAGUGAAUUCUAUCAAACGGGGCAUGAUGCCACUUCACAUCCCGCCGCAUGUACGGGAUGGCCGGAGCCGGCGCCUGAGUGAGCCUGUGGCGACGGAUGAUUUUGGCAAUUUCGCAUUCAAGAAUCUCCCUGUAUUGGAAAAGGCGAAUAGGGAUGUUAUUCAGAAGUUGCGAGCCGACGCCUUGAACAAGGCAACUCAGUUACCCAAUGCAGCGGUGCCGCCACCGCCGCCGCCACCUUCGAGCCAAUCUCAGGGCUCAGUCCAAACUCCAGCUUCUGCUGCCGCUUCGAGCAGCAGCAACGCACCAUCCCUUGACGGAAGCCCAAUGCUUCCAAUGCCACUCAAGCGGACACUGUCGUCCAGUAAAGGUGCCAGGCCUGCCUCGCCUUCCAAUGCGAGCCAGGCAAAUUCUUCACCCAGCCGGGCCUCCCAGCCUUCAUCUCCACUUUUGGUUUCCUUUUCGACGGGACAACAUCAUGAGCGAAGGAAGACGUCUAGUUCUUCUUCUAUUAUGUCGACGAGUCAGCCAAAUGCAGGUCUUCAGCCGAGCUUUUUUGAUUUGCCAAGGCUGUCAACGAGCUUCAAGACCGCUUCGACUGCAUCUUCUCCCAUCAAGACAACCAAGAAUCAGCCUCCACUCCAAGUCGCAUCACCCGAAAAGAGUCUCAUCAUGCCUCAUCCUCAUCCCCAUCGUCAAUCAGGCAGCGUGCCACCUCGUGCAAGGAGCCAGACGGUUGGUUCGCAAGAUAGCGAUCGUGUGACUAGAGAGACUCCUCUUUUCCAUCAUAAGCGUCGCAGUCAAGUAAUUGAGGCAUCGCCGUCAUCAUCUGACAAUGAAGACCCAAGGACAAGGGCGUUUUUGCGAGUGCAGAGGAGGAGACAGAGUUCACGGAAAUUGUCUCACGCCUCACUACUCGUGGACGGCCCGGUCUUCAGGCCGCUGGACGUGCUCAUCUGUGAAGAUCACCCUGUUUCCAGAAUGGUCAUGGAGAGGUUGUUGGAAAAGCUUCGAUGUCGAACAAUAGCAGUUCCAAACGGUUCUGAGGCUAUGCGGUACGCCAUGGGUGAAGUCAAGUUUGAUGUGAUUAUGAUGGAAUCAAAGCUACCCCACAUCAAUGGUGCGGACGUCGCACGGAUGAUCCGUGACACCAAAAAUGUCAAUUCGCAGACUCCAAUUGUGGCAGUCACUGGCUAUCUCAAGGAUCUGCAAGCUCCUCAUUCUUUUGAUGCUUUAAUUGAGAAACCCCCGACCAUUUCCAAGCUGACCGAGGUCAUGUCGCGACUGUGCCAGUGGAAGCCGCCUCAACCAGGGCUCAUGCCACACAUACCUACGCCGUCAUUCCCCCCAUCAAACUUACGCCAAGAAUCGCGACGCGAUGAAGACAGCCCGAGUUCCAACUCGUCGGGAUUUGCUCAACUUCCAGAAGCCAGCUACCACGCGUCAAGUCGGGACGAUUCCAUCAGCUCAAGUUUCUUUGGCGAUAACGAAUCUGCGCUGGCCGAGGACAUUCCAGUGGUUAUUAGCAGACAGCAAGGAGACGACUGGGCGGGCAAAGGGCUUGGAAUAAUUUCUGCAGAGGAAGGAAUUCCACCAGAGCCAAGCAAAUUAUCGCCUAAGCUGACGCCACAUCUGAUUCAUGCCAAUUCCGCGCCGCCAGCAAUGUCAACCAGAUUACUAAAGAGUCCCAAGUCGAUGGAACUUAUCAAGGCCAAGCGCACGUCAUUGGAGCGGUACCGCCACGAGAGUGCCGAGUCUGGCGAUGAUGAAGACGAGGAACUAGGACGGAGUCCGGGCCGUCCACGAAGUCCUGCUCGACUACACCGAAACCCUCUGCUCGUUGCGCCGCCCCGAAGUCCGGUACCGCGCGUCCACCGCGGCUCGAGGCUUGGUAUUGAAAUGAUGCGAACAAGUAGCCAGGAGAGCGAGGAGAAUGCGGUUUCCGAGUCUGAAGACCAAGGCCGUGAUGACGACGUUACCCCUACCUCGCCGCGGCUCUCUUUGGAUCGCGAACCACCCAUCUGUACCGCGAGUGCACCAGUCACUCCGCCAGUCCCGCGCACAACGCUCACACCCCCUGAAGUCUUUUCAAAGACACUUGGUGGCAAACAAGUAAAGGGAGACGAGAUUGCCGUCGACAUUGAUGCUGAUGACCACGACGGAAGCAAUGCUGGUGGUAGUGCUAAAGGUGCCGCCCGUGCCAGUGGCGCAGUAGGACUGGGACGUGAAAAUUCUACUGAUUCUGGCAUUGACGAAAAGGACUAUGCUUUUCAAGAAUUGGAAGAAGAAUCCACACCGACAUUGGCAGCCUUGGCAACACCCCGACCGAGUCAAGGACAGAGCUCAAUGCCCUCUAUGUCGCCCACGCCAAAGGCGAAGUAG